AUGUCGAACACUGAGCAGCGGCCCUAUGUGCCAGCAAAGGCGGUCCCUACUGACUAUCCCCUCAUCGACUCUGAUCCACAUUUCAAGAGAGUCGUUGCCUAUGCUCGUCCCGGGGAUUACGCCUUUGGAGCUGCGGCGGCGGCAGCUGGACCAGGCCUAAUGUUAACGUGGGAGAAAUUCGCUCCGUCAUAUGUGGGCAAGGGUGGAUUUGCGCCGAUUAUGCGACUCACGGGUGUGAUUGGGCUUGGCGCUGGGUUUUUGAUGUUCUAUCAGCGGUCGAUUUUGCGCUUCUACGGCUUCACAGAAAACAAGAGAGAGGUCGAGAUGGACAUGAAGGAGAUGGUGGCCAAAGUCAAGAAGGGAGAGCCGCUAUACGGAACCAGCACAACGACACCAUAUGUGCAGGGCAUGGCGGCCAGAAACUCGAGAUAUUCGGGUCUGUUUCUGCAUGUUAUUCCGUGGUUCAAUUUUGUGAAUCACAAUCAGCAUGGCGUGGAUACGGCGAAGUAUUAUCAGCAAGCAGAGAGGGAGUUGGACGCUGAGAGGACGGGAAGAAAACUUUAG